CAUUGUGCAUGCCGCUGCACAACACCAAGAACAAGAAGAAGGCCAAUCGUUUGCAAGAAUAGGGGAGUAAAAUAGAAGUCGAAACAGCACGAACUAUGCGAAGAAGCAAAUUGAAUGAAAACAAAAACACCUAAAGUAAAGGCAAUGAAAUAAAAGAUUUUUGAUCGUAUGCUUGCCGUUACUGCUUCUUCGUUGCCGUUUCGUCGUCGCCGUCGUACUUUGCGUUGUCGGUGGUUCCUCAUUUGCUUUUAACAACACAGAAUCUCAGUCUCGAUUUUUACACAGAAUUCAUCGGUGUGUUUGUAUGAAAUCCAGCAAACAAGCGGCAGCAAGAAACACAUGUGAAAAUUAAUAAUUUUAUAAACCAAUUUAAUUUCAACUAAUAGUGAGGUGUCCAACAUCAGUUUGGUAGUGCCAGUUUCAACCAAAACUCAGCAAUUAACUAAGUUCCUGAAAAAAUACUUUCUUCAAUUUAAAAAAAGAAAAGAUAUAUCUGUGGAGUUGUGUGUAUGAAUUUCAUAUUUUCCGCUCAAAUAUAUGUAAUUCUAAAUUAUAAUAAAGUGUCGAUCUGAAUUAUUAACAAAAUUUUAAGUGUGUUAAAAAAUUGACGAACACGUUUAAACGUUGCAUACAAUUUAGAGAGAAAACCCUAGUGUCGUUCUUUGGCAUUCCCUACAAAAAGUGCAAGUAGAUAUCCGGCUGCAUACCAACAAAAAAAAAAAACAAAAAAAAAUCGGCGAUUACGUUUUUGGAUACAUUCUUGUGCAAACUGUAAGAUUGUUCGAAUAUGUACAAGCGUGUAAGUUCUUUUGUCGAGGAGAAAGAAAACGUAGCGAACAUGAUGUCCUGCCCCCUUCCCAUGACAUUACCAAUAUUGUCUUCAGCACUACACAGCGAUUUUUCACCGGUUCAUAUUGGUGUUAAGCCAAGCAGUUUUAUGUAUUUACGUACAUGUUACAUGACCGUUAAGUACAAGUGUUGCCCCCAGCGGGCGACACCAAUGAUCCUUUGGCCUUUGUCCCAGCAAAAAGUCCACCGUAACGAAAUGGAUACGCAGACGAAUAAUGGGACAGCUCAUUUGGAUCCCAUUUACAUGUCGUUCAACCGGUAAUUUGUGGGUAUUACAAACAAACAUUUACAUAGCUUUAAACCGUUGCAGUGCGCUGUAAGGGCGGUUUGUAGUAACUAUAGAGCUCCAUAUAACUCAGUGCGCACAAAAAAUGGGUAAAAUUUAUUUCAGCAGCCCAAAUCAAGUGUCAGGAUCUAUGGACUCAUAAAUACAUAUGUUCCUCUUCGAAACACACUCAUACAAAUGGUGCCUAGUAAUAAAACAAAAUAAAACAGAGUGAUCAUUUUUUAAUGACACUUAACUGCACGCUUUUCCAACGAAUAUAUUUUGUGGUGUUGGUUAUGGUUACUUAUUUGCCUCAAAAUACAAAAUAAUGAUGUCACAUUGAAUGAUAAGAACCCAACGACGAAUAAGCGACUGCAGAAUGUCCGCACAGGAAGUGUAUUUAAAGUAGCCAUAUAAGGGCCGCGGAGUAAGGGUAAUCGGCGUUCACACUUAAAAAGACGCUCUGGUAGCCAGCAAGCGUUUCACCUUUGAAUAGGGUGCAAAACAAUUUUGGAAAUUCGCAAUUUUUCCUAAUUUUUCUCAUGCGCUGAAGAAAGACAAGUAUAAUUUAUGGGUGGAAUAAGUGAGGUGAUGUAGAAUUGAGCAACAAUUGUGGAUGUUUUUGAUAAAUGUGCUAGAUUUUUUAUUUAAUGCGUGUUUGCGAGCAAGACUUGUGCAUUGAAUGCGUUGCACAAAUACAUAUCUAUUUCCCCAUCUAAAUGCCAGGAUGGGAGACCGGUGUACACA